CGGCUCGGGUUGCGAGCGGCCGCUCUGCCCGCCCAGAGCGCCGACCCGCCGCUCCCCGCGCCGGACCCAGCACCUCGGCUCCCGGGGGCUGGAGCGAGGCCGCAAGCAGCGCCGCGGGGUGUGGGGCGGACCCAGGAGAUGAAAUGACAACGUCAACCCUCCAGAAAGCCAUUGAUCUGGUGACGAAAGCCACAGAAGAGGAUAAAGCCAAGAACUACGAGGAGGCGCUCCGACUCUACCAGCAUGCUGUGGAGUAUUUCCUGCACGCCAUCAAAUAUGAGGCACACAGCGACAAGGCCAAGGAGAGCAUUCGAGCCAAGUGCAUGCAGUACCUAGAUCGGGCAGAGAAGCUGAAGGAUUAUUUACGAAACAAAGAGAAGCAUGGCAAGAAGCCAGUCAAAGAAAAUCAGAGUGAGAGCAAGGGCAGCGAUAGUGAUAGUGAAGGGGAUAAUCCAGAGAAAAAGAAAUUGCAAGAACAACUGAUGGGGGCCGUGGUGAUGGAGAAGCCCAACAUUCGAUGGAAUGAUGUGGCCGGGCUGGAGGGCGCCAAGGAGGCUCUCAAAGAAGCUGUUAUUUUGCCAAUUAAAUUCCCACACCUGUUCACAGGCAAGCGUACCCCUUGGCGAGGAAUACUGCUUUUUGGACCCCCUGGCACAGGGAAGUCCUACCUGGCCAAAGCAGUGGCCACGGAGGCCAACAACUCUACCUUCUUCUCUGUGUCCUCCUCAGACUUGAUGUCUAAGUGGCUGGGGGAGAGUGAGAAGCUUGUCAAGAACCUCUUCGAGCUGGCCAGGCAGCACAAGCCCUCCAUCAUCUUCAUUGACGAGGUGGACUCCCUCUGUGGGUCCCGCAACGAAAAUGAGAGUGAAGCAGCCCGAAGGAUCAAAACAGAGUUCUUAGUCCAGAUGCAAGGGGUGGGGAACAACAACGAUGGGACUCUGGUUCUUGGUGCCACAAAUAUCCCAUGGGUGUUGGAUUCAGCCAUUAGAAGGAGGUUUGAAAAGCGGAUUUAUAUCCCACUGCCUGAGGAAGCUGCCCGUGCCCAGAUGUUCCGGUUGCAUCUGGGGAGCACGCCCCACAACCUGACAGACGCCAACAUCCACGAGCUGGCCCGGAAGACAGAAGGCUACUCAGGUGCAGACAUCAGCAUCAUCGUGCGGGACUCCCUUAUGCAGCCCGUCAGAAAAGUGCAGUCAGCAACACACUUCAAAAAGGUCUGUGGCCCUUCCCGCACCAACCCUAGUGUUAUGAUUGAUGACCUCCUGACCCCGUGCUCACCAGGGGACUCAGGGGCCAUAGAGAUGACUUGGAUGGAUGUCCCUGGUGACAAACUCUUAGAGCCUGUGGUUUGCAUGUCGGACAUGCUCCGGUCCUUGGCCACCACCCGGCCCACGGUGAAUGCAGAUGACCUCCUGAAAGUGAAGAAAUUUUCAGAGGACUUUGGGCAGGAGAGUUAAAAGCUCCUUCACUUGGGUGACGGUGAAGGUGGGCUGUCGAUGGGGUUAACUCCACAGCACUCCUCACAUCGGUGGCCAGACAGGGCUCCAGGAUUCGUUCUGGUCACUACGUCCCCGCCGCCUCCGUGUCAGGCCGCCAGCAGGGGAGCAGGACGGAAGGGCCUCCUGGGCCUAGAGACGUGUAAGCACAUUUGGCACCUGGUGGAAUUCUGGCUCUUCCUCCUUUUCUGGAUGGUCACCAACUCCUUGUCCUGCCCCUCCGUGGUAUUUUUUUUUAAAGACCUUUUUUUGUUCCCCUAAAUUAAUGCUGCUUGGAUUUUUGUCUUGUUUAUAAAUAAAGUUAAAAUCACCCAGAAGCGUCAAGGAUGAGAGCAGCCCACGCAGCGGGGUUGGUGCGCAGACCUUCAGAACGGCCUGCCGGGCCCCAGCACCCAUUCCUUCUAGACCCAAGUGUUGCUCCUGGUGGACAGAAUGGCUGAUGCCCUGGGUCCCCAGCCCAAGCUCUGCCUGCAGAGGCCGAGAGUGAAGCCAAGCCAUUCUCACCCUCCUGCGUUGGCUUCCAGGGCCCUGUGUUCUCCUUGCAGGAGAGGCGGGGCCUUGUAAGCACAGAGCAGUGUGGUCAAAAUGUGUGAAGGCAGCCAGUGGGCAUUACUGCUGCCUUUUCUUCCCUUGGAAUGUGAGAACUAAACCCAGCACUGUCCCUGGGUCCCUGCCCUGGAAACGGGCUAAUAAAUCCUUUCCUUUCUUGA